AUGGCCGAGCAUGACGAUAGACUUCUCAAACUACUGGAGCGGUUUGCCCAAAAGAACCUGUCAAUUCGCGCAUCCAAAUGCAUGCUCAGCUCACCAGAAUUGGAAUUCUUGGGUUUCACAGUAGAUGCAAAAUGCUACCGUCCUGAUCCAAUUCACUUCCGGCCAUUGACUGAACUCGAGUCACCAAGAGACCAAAACCAACUCAGAUCCAUCAUGGAAUGUAUCCAAUACUAUUCGCGUUUCAUCCCGAACUUCGCCACAAAAACCCAACCGCUGUUUGCUGCUCAGUCGACUACGGAAUGGAAACGGACUACCGAGUGUGAACAAAUUCUGCGUGAAAUCGUUCAGAUGAUAACUGACCGACCAGUUCUCGCCUGGUUCUCUCCGACAACACAUCCAACUUUGAUCACCGACACAUCAGAUCUUGGCAUUGGUGCUCUCAUCAAACAGAACGGAUGCCCAGUUGUCUACAUCUCCCGUCUACUAAACACGGCAAAACGAGGAUAUUCGCAGACACAGAAAGAAGCACUAGCUGUAUAA